CGCGCAUUUGUACCGAACAUGGCCGCGGCAGCUCCCGCCGCUGCCGCAGGUGCGGCCGGCCAGCCUCCGAGAUGGCAAGAACCAUGCAGAUGGGGUCAGUCAUCUGAGGUCUGGCAACCAUUGAUGUCAAACAUCCAGUCAUUGGGCUUAAGUGGAUCCCUCUGCAGGGUCAUAGAGACUGGGUAUAAAGCCGUUCAGAGCCUGGGACAGAAGAUUGAAAAUGACAGCUGAGAACAUUCCUGAGGAAGAACUGUCCUGUGACAUGGAGGUGGAAGGAUUUACACGAGAGGGUCCUCAUUUCUCCAUUCUAGGUAACAGUUGGGACUGUGAGAACCAGGAGGGACAUUUGAGGCAAUCAGCUUUAACUCAGGAGGAACCAGGAGCUCAGGAAGCAAUUCGUGAAUAUCCCGGAUUUGGGGAGCAUUUGAGCGUGAGCCCAGACCUUCCACGACGUCAGAGAGUUUCCACAAGAAAUGGUUUCCAUGUACGUGGCUCAGGUGUUAAAAGCCUGGAUUGUGACCCAACUUUACACAAUUGUCAGAAAAGUUACGUAGCUAAGAGAACGGGUGACAGUGACACCUGUGGGAAAGCCUUCAACCAUUCCAUAGAAGUUAUUCAAUUUGGAAGAACUCAAACUAGAGAGAAACCCUAUAAAUACCCUGAAAGUGUUAAGUCUUUCAACCAUUUUACCCCUCUUGUUGAACAAAAAAUAAUGAAAAGAGGGAAGAAACUGUAUGAAGGUAAGGACUUUGGGGACAUCUUUACCCUGAGUUCAUCUCUUAAUGAAAACAGGAGGAACAGCCCUGGAGAAAAACUGUACACAUGUACUGAAUGUGGCAAGUGCUUCAAACGGAACUCUUCUCUUGUUUUGCAUCACCGAACUCACACUGGAGAGAAACCUUAUACCUGUAAUGAGUGUGGAAAAUCCUUCUCCAAGAACUAUAACCUAAUUGUGCAUCAAAGAAUCCAUACAGGAGAGAAGCCCUAUAAAUGCAGUAAAUGCGGGAAAGCCUUCAGUGAUGGGUCAGCUCUGACGCAACACCAGAGAAUUCACACUGGGGAGAAACCUUAUGAAUGUCUAGAAUGUGGGAAAACCUUCAACCGAAAUUCGUCCCUCAUUCUGCAUCAAAGAACUCAUACAGGGGAAAAACCAUAUAGAUGUAAUGAGUGUGGGAAGCCUUUCACCGACAUCUCCCACCUCACUGUGCAUCUCAGAAUCCACACUGGGGAGAAGCCUUAUGAAUGUAGCAAAUGUGGAAAGGCCUUCCGAGAUGGCUCAUACCUCACCCAGCACGAGAGGACUCACACUGGAGAGAAGCCCUUUGAAUGUGUGGAAUGCGGGAAAUCCUUCAACCGUAACUCUCACCUCAUUGUGCAUCAGAAAAUCCAUUCUGGGGAGAAACCCUAUGAAUGUAAAGAAUGUGGGAAAACUUUCAUUGAGAGUGCUUACCUCAUCAGGCACCAGAGGAUUCAUACUGGUGAGAAGCCCUAUGGCUGUGAUCAGUGUCAGAAACUUUUCAGGAACAUCGCUGGCCUCAUACGUCACCAGAGGACUCAUACUGGCGAGAAGCCCUAUGAGUGUAAUCAGUGUGGUAAAGCUUUCAGGGACAGCUCCUGUCUGACCAAACACCAGAGAAUUCACACUAAGGAGACCCCGUACCAGUGUCCAGAUUGUGGAAAGUCCUUCAAGCAGAACUCUCACCUGGCAGUACAUCAGAGGCUCCACAGCAGGGAGGGUCCCAGUCAUUGUCCUCAGUGUGGGAAAACAUUCAGAAGGAGCUCUUCCCUCAUCCGACACCAAAGAUCACACCCUGGAGAACAACCCAUGGAUAUUUAAUGAACGUGGGCCACACUCAUCUUCCGACUGGCUCUCAAAAACCUAUGUGAGAGAGAAGUGUCUUCAGGGGUGGCUCCUCCCUGUCAGUGGAAAAGACUGCUCUGAGCUGUCCAGUGGACCGGUGGAUGUGAGACAUUCCUCAGCCAUCCUGUUAAGUCUAUACAUUAGGGAACUCUUGCAGAGGAUACAGGAUGGUAGUAAAUGUGGCAAAGGCUUCAGGGAUGAUUCAGCCUGUACCAAACAUGAUAGUGCAUACACUGGAAUAAAACCUGAGAAAGUCAGGUAGAUACUUCCCUGGAGAACUCACCUACCCGUACAUCCGAGUCCUUAAACUGGAAAGAGCCUGUGUAAUCAGGAAGAGGAAUCCUUUAAGAGGGAGUGUCUGCCUUACUGUUCGUAAGCAAACUCUUACUGGAAUCCAGCGAGGGAAGCUGUCGGCAGGAGCCCUUGCUGUCUUAGCUGUGUCAGCAAAGCCAUGCUGGUGAGAAACCCCACACAGUGCUCCAACUCACAGCAACCACAGAAUUACAGCGGAUUGACAUUUGAAUGUAUUUCCGCGUUACAUUCCUGCCAGGUGCUGAGGACUCGUUUCAGCAGGGGCACCUGGGUGAGGAAGUCGCUUGUGAAUGAACAGUGAUGUUAUUCCUCUUAAUAUGGAGACCAAAGCAGGUUCUCCUAAGAAGGAAAGGGCUGCUGCUGAGAAAUAUGAUGCGUUGCUUUAGUUGUUGAGACAAACAAACAGAGAAACACUGAGUUGUUAUGUUUACAUUGUCACCCCUCAUUGUUCAUUUGGGACACUUGUGAUUUGUUCCAUGCAACCAUGCCAAACCAUGAUGAUAAAGGUUUUGUUGCCAUAUUGAAAACGCUUAUAAUAUGGCCGGCAACCAAAAGCAUAAAAUAGAAAAUUUGCCAUGUAAAGUGUGCACACAUACGGAUGUAGGUUGGGAGUUGAUCAUAGAGAAAUAAACAUGGGGUCUCCUAA